AAGACAACGCGUUGCUUCGACUUGCUUCCAACAAACGCAUGUGCGUCUAAUUUUUUUUAAUAUUAUUAUUUAUGUUUUUUUAGGGUAGAGCUUUGUUUCUCCAUUCGGUCAGGCAAAGCCUAGGUAAUCUAGUAACGUUGGGAAAGCCUAAUGCUCCAUUUGCAAAAACACGUAGACGGCGCGCUUCGCGCGAACCCGAAACAGAAACCAGAAAGCCUUCGGAGCGCACGCGCGCUUUUAGUUGCCCAACGUCCUUUCAGAUGGCGCCACCAUUUAAAAAGUUGUUUUUCCGGGGCGCUUCAAAGUGAACUCGCUGGGCCGCGGGGCAACUAUCGGCAGGCGGGUCGUCGCGCUAUCUUAUCUCGGAUGGUCCGAGCUUCUUCAAUUGCUGCCUUCCCACCAGACUUAUUCGCCGUCGUCAGACGCAGGACCUUGAAAAGCUUCCCAAGUUCGUACGUCCUCAGAAGUUCAUCGGCUUCCAUAUUUUUUUGCGGAGUUGCCAAUUAACAGGUGUCGAUCAUGUCCGACAAAGUUCUCGUCAUCGGCGGCGGUGGUCGUGAGCACGUCAUAGUAUGGAAGCUCUCGCUGUCUCCUCGCAUACACACAGUCUAUGUUGCUCCAGGAAACGCCGGUACCAGCACGGAAUCCAAGGCAGUCAAUAUCGAUCUCGACGUCAAGACAAACAAGGCCGUGGUGGACUGGUGCAUCAAGAACGGCAUCGCUCUCGUGAUCGUUGGGCCCGAAGAGUACCUGUGUCGGGGCCUAGCCGACGAUCUUGAAGCGGCCGGAGUGAGAUGCUUCGGUCCCAGCGCCAAGGCAGCCGAAAUCGAGGCAAGCAAGGCGUUCGCCAAGGACUUCAUGGCCAAGCAUGGCAUCCCGACAGCCCAGUACCAGAACUUCCAGAACGCCGAAAGCGCCAAGACGUACAUCACCAACGCCAACUUCCCGGCGCUUGUCGUAAAAGCCAGUGGUUUGGCAACUGGCAAGGGGGUCAUCGUGGCUGCUGAUAAGAGAGAAGCCAUUUCUGCGGUGGACACCAUCAUGAAGGACAAGAUGGUCGGUGCAGCAGGAGACACCGUGGUGGUCGAAGAGCUUCUUGAUGGAGAUGAAAUUUCGGUGCUUGUGUUUUCCGAUGGAGUCAACUAUUCCGUCAUGCCCCCCGCUCAAGACCACAAGAGACUCAAGGAUGGCGACCAGGGACCAAACACUGGAGGUAUGGGAGCCUAUUGUCCGUGCCCCUUGGUUUCGUCUCAGGUCAUGGAACAGAUCAGGACGGAUGUCAUUGAGAAGACCCUCACCGGUCUGCGAAGUGAAGGAAGGAAGUUUGUCGGAGUCCUCUUUGCUGGUUUGAUGCUGACCGAAAGGGGACCUAAGGUACUCGAGUUCAACUGCCGCUUUGGAGAUCCAGAGACAGAGUCUAUUCUUCCGCUUUUGGAGUCUGACCUGUACGAGACUCUGUUGGCCUGCACCGAAGGUAACCUUCCAAAGGCACUUCCAGUCUGGAAGAAGGACACCUAUGCUGUGGGAGUAGUCCUUGCAAGUGGUGGCUACCCACAGAGUUACCCCAAGGGCAAGGUCAUCACUGGGCUUGAAAAGGCAAGGGAGCACGGAGUGCAGAUCUUUCACGCUGGUACUGCAAAGAGCGGGAACGACAUUGUCACAUCCGGAGGACGAGUCAUGGUCUGUUUGGCCCAACACAGUGACCUUAGGACGGCCAAACAGUUGGCACAGCUUGGAGCCGAAAUAGUGAGGUUCGACGGAAAGUUCUUCAGACACGACAUUGCCUUCCGGGCCAUUGGCAGGGUGUCAAAGAAGGAUCCCUUGACGUAUUCCAUGUCUGGAGUCGACAUUGCAGCUGGAGAUCGCCUAGUGAAGAGCAUCACUGCAUUGACAGAUUCAACCAAGCGGCCUGGUACUAUGGGCUCGAUCGGUGGCUUUGGCGGACUGUUUGACCUCAAGGCGGCUGGUUACGAGGACCCCAUUCUGGUCUCUGGUACAGAUGGUGUUGGUACCAAGUUGAAGAUUGCCCAGAGUUUUCACUCUCACGACACCAUCGGCAUUGAUCUGGUGGCAAUGUGCGUCAACGACAUCUUGGCACAAGGGGCAGAGCCGCUUUUCUUUCUCGACUACUUUGCAUGCGGCAAGUUGGAUCCUGGUGUUGCCAAGCAAGUUAUUGCUGGGAUCACAGAGGGUUGCAGGCAAGCAAGGUGUUCUCUGAUUGGUGGAGAGACGGCAGAGAUGCCAGGAAUGUAUGCCAUUGGUGAUUACGAUCUGGCCGGAUUUUCUGUCGGUGCAGUUGAUAGGGACAAGGUGCUUCCACGCAGCGACAUCAAGGACGGGGACAUUGUCCUCGGCUUUCCGUCAUCUGGGAUUCACAGCAACGGUUACAGUCUGGUCCGUAAAGUCGUUGAACGUGCCGGGCUCCGUUACACAGACAGAGCUCCAUUCGAAGAAUCGAGGCAGCUUGGGGAAGUCCUUCUGAGCCCAACCAAAAUCUAUGUUCGGCUGCUACUCAAUGCAGUUAAGAAGGGCUACAUCAAGGCCCUCGCUCACAUCACUGGUGGUGGCCUCACCGAAAACAUCCCGAGAGUUCUUGCGCCCGGCUUCGGUGCCUUCCUGGACUGCAACACGUGGAACAUCCAGCCAGUUUUCAAAUGGCUCGCCAACGAAGGAAACGUCGGAGACGAGGAGAUGCUGAGGACAUUCAACUGCGGUCUCGGCAUGGUCGCCAUUGCGUCCCCCGAAAAUGCACAGGCCAUCAUCGACGAGUCUGAGGGCGAAGCCCGAAUCGUUGGACAGAUCCUGAACAUCGAAGAGGGGUCGCCCAAGGUGAAUGUUCGCAACUUCCAGGAAUCUCUUAACACUCGCGGCAGCAAGGUCGUGAAGCGCAAGUUCGCCGUCCUCAUUUCCGGUUCAGGCACCAACCUCCAGGCUUUGAUUGACCACAUCGCGAGGAUGGACGGUCGCAGCGCCGCGGAGAUCGUCCUGGUCAUCUCCAACAAGGAGGGAGUCCAAGGCCUUGUCCGUGCCCAGCAGGCUGGCAUCCCAACCAAGGUCAUCAGCCACAAGGGCUACAAGAACAGGGUGGAGUACGACAUGAAGAUGCACGAAGCCCUCGUUGCCGCGGGGGUAGAGUUCAUCUGCCUCGCAGGGUUCAUGCGGAUCAUCACCGAAGACUUCAUCAACAAAUGGUACGGAAAGAUCAUCAACAUCCACCCGGCGCUCUUGCCUUCCUUCAGGGGCCACGACGCCCACAGGCAGGCACUGGCCAUGGGGGUCAAGAUCACAGGAUGCACGGUUCACUAUGUUGCCCCCGAAGUGGAUGCCGGAGCCAUCAUCGCUCAGGGGGCCACAACGGUGGAAUUGGACGACACGGAAGAGACGCUGUCGGAACGCGUCAAGCUGGUUGAGCACCGGAUCUUUCCAGAAGCCAUGGAGAUGGUGGCUCAGGGGAAGGUGAUGCUGCGGCCCGACGGGAAGAUUGUCUUCAAGAGGGAUGCAUCCUGAAUUGGCUCUGCUACGACGUUUCUUUUUUGUUUAUUUACAGACGUAUCUAUCGACUGACAGAAAAGCGGCAAUACUUUUGUACUGCAUAUAAAUGAAUUUCAAUAGUGUUCAAAGUUGUGGGUCUUGACAAACAUAAGCUGAUUUACUCAAGUUUACAAUAAACUUUUCAUUAAAUGUA